ACCCCGAUACACACAAGAACAGCCAGGGAGAGGGGAGGAGAAAGUUGAGAUGAGAACCUCUGGGACAAAGUGACCAGAGAGUGAUUGAGGAGCAGUUCCUAGCAGGGAAGGACAGCAUCUGGCUCUGGGUGAGACCACAGCCGAGGGCUGGCUGUCAGCGUCACGCUCAGGGGCAUCUCAGGCACUCCCCCCACUCUGCCGGCAUGAGCGCCAGAGCCCACAUGUUACUGCAGCUUCUUCUCCUAGUGCUGCUGCCCCAGGGAGAGAGCCACCAGUCUCUGCGGCGAUCCAAGAGACGAUGGAUUAUCAGCACCUUGGAACUGGAGGAGGAAGACACAGGACCCUUCCCCAAGUUUGUUGGGGAGCUGUUCAAUCAUAUGUCUGAAAACACGUCAAUGUAUUUCAUCAGUGGACCUGGUGUGGAUGAAUACCCAGAGAUUGGUUUAUUUUCUAUAGAAGAUCAUAUGAAUGGAAAAAUAUAUGUGCACCGCCCUGUUGAUCGAGAGAAAACGCCAUCUUUUAUGGUUUAUUUGGAUGUCAUGGAUCGCACAACAGGAAAAAUCGUGGAUAAAUCCUUGAUCUUCCAUAUCAAGGUCCGUGAUGUGAAUGACCACGCACCCCAGUUCCCAAAGGAGGAAUUCAGCAUCCAUGUGCAAGAGAAUCACGCCGCAGGUCAACCUAUUUUUCAGAUGUUAACAGUUGACUUGGAUCAAGAAAACACUCCAAAUUCUCAAGUUCUUUAUUCCCUUGUUUCUCAAAUGCCGUUACUGAAAGAAAGUGGCUUCAGGAUUGACCGGACUAGUGGAGAAAUCCGACUCUCAGGAUGCUUAGAUUAUGAGACUGCUCCUCGGUUCACAUUGCUAAUCAGAGCGACAGAUUGUGGGGAACCACCAUUGUCCUCCACAGCCACAGUUCACAUCAACGUGCAAGAAGGCAACAACCAUAGGCCCACAUUCCCCCAAAAGGAGUAUAAAAUUCAGGUUCCCGAAGGCCGAGUCAGCCAGGACGUGCUGCGUCUCCCGGUCCAAGACGGCGACACGCCAUUCACGCCAGCUUGGAGAGCGACAUUCAACAUAAUGGAUGGCAACGAAGAGGGACAUUUUGACAUUGUGACUGACCCUGAGACCAACGAAGGGAUUUUAAAUGUUAUCAAGCCUUUGGAUUACGAAAGUCCCCCUACACGAAGCCUUGUCAUUGCUGUGGAAAACGAGGAGCUGCUUUUCUCCUGCGAUGGGGGCGAGCUUCGGAAGCCAAGGAGGGCAGCGGACAGCGCCACCGUGAGCGUGCAGGUGACCAACGCCAACAACCCGCCGGUCUUCCACCCCGAGACCUUGGUCGUCAGUGAGGUUGAUGGCGCCGCACCUGGGAUUCAUUUGGGAAUUUUUAAUGCGACGGAUCCAGACAGAAAUGCCAACCAGAUACGGUAUAAACUGGUUCGUGAUCCUGCGAAUUGGGUCACCAUAGAUGAACGCUCAGGAGCGGUUGUCACCAGGAAGCAAGUUGACCGAGAGUCCCCUUACGUGAACGACAGCUUUUACACAAUCAUCGUGCAUGCUGUUGAUGACGGUCUGCCCCCGGGGACCGGGACAGGGACGCUGAAGCUUUUCCUGUCUGAUGUCAAUGACAACGCCCCGACUCUCCAGCCCCGCUCUCGAUACAUGGAGGUCUGUGAGUCUGCCGUGACCCAGCCCCUUCUCAUUGAGGCAGAGGACGCCGACCUGGAGCCCUACUCGGAGCCGUUUACAUUUAAACUGGACACCACGGGAGAAAAUGCACAAGCCACAUGGCAACUGGGGGAAAACCAGGGUCGGGCAGUUGAACUUUUCAUGUUGAGAAGCCUCCCACGUGGUGAUUACUUAGUGCCACUUUUCAUCGGAGACAAACAGGGCCUUUCCCAGAAGCAGACUGUCCACGUGAGGGUCUGUUCGUGUGCCAGUGGACUCACGUGUGUGAUGGAGUCAUCAGUCACGGGGGCCGGGCUCCCCGUGGGGGUUGUGGCUUUUCUCUGUGCAGUGUUCACAGUUCUGGCAGUGACUCUGCUCUUCCUUCUGCUGCGAUGCCAUUUUGUGCCUGAAGCCAAGAGGCGCAGGUGCCCUGCCCACACUGAGGAAGGAAUCCAGACGCUGAUCGUGUACAGCGAUGAGAGCAAAGCCCUUUCAACCCAGGUAGGGUCAGAGGUCAGGAGUCAGGCGACAGCCCUGUUGAGCAACACGACUGAGGUGGACAACACGCUUGUAGGGAAGGCGAUAAAUGAAAUGCUACCAUCGCCAGUUAGGACAUCAGACCAAGCACCCAUCGGCCUGGGAACUCUGGCUCGCCGGGAUACCCUGGUACCCAGAAGGGCCCUGGAAGUGAGAGCUGGAGUCAUGGCGGAGAUCCUGCAACAGAAGCUCUGUGGCAUGGAUGUGCUGGAAGAUGACACUGAUUACCUGCCCCACCUCUACUCGGAAGAGGGAGAAUGUGACAGAGCAGAAACCCUCAGUUCUCUUGCCUUCUCCGAACAGGACCUGCCGCUGGACUUGCUGGACUGUUUGGGUUCCAAGGCUACUUCACUCAUAGAACUAUAUUCUGGGUCAGGUGUUUUGUCCUAAAAAAUGUAUGUUAUGGUGAAUUGAAAUAAUUUAUGGAAGGGAAUCACUAUUAAAGGAUUCUCUCUCUCUCUCUCUCUUUUUUCUUCUUCUUCUUCUUUCAUAAAAUUACCUCCAAGUCCUAGGAUGAGAAUAAAUUACGAGUUCAGAUUAAACGCUUUGAUAUUCUCAGACCAGACAUCUUGAACCAAAGCAAAAGAGUAGGUUAUGCUUUUUUAAAAAUUUGAUUUGUUGGACAGAUUUUCCAGAGAAAGUUUAAUUUUGUAAUUUCUUGCUUCUAGUAGCAGCCUAGCUCUGAGGGUAAAUGAAAUAUAAUACACAGCAAUUUGGCAACAACAGGUAAUAUUGGGGGAAAAUAGGUUUUUUUGGUGAUUAUUUAUAUUUUUAUAGUUAUGAUUGUGCUUCAGUUUCAGUGGAAAAAAUAGGAAAAUAGGGAAAUGUUUUCUAGAACAUUUGUGAUCAGUAUUUUUAGUGAUUUAAAAAAUAAAUAGUGAUCCUUUUCACUUUUUGAAUAGAUAAAUAAGUAAAAUAUGUUAUCAUGAGAGAAAUGAUUAUGCUUAAAACUUAAUAAGCAGUAUAUACUUCCAAAAAUGAAGACAUAAUUUAACUUGCGUGUAUUAUGUAAGUAAAAGAAUUUGGUAGCUUUAAUGAAUAAAUUCCAAUUACAUUUUCUUUAAACAGAAUGACCACCUUUAAUUUUUUACUUGUCCACUUACUACUAGUGUAAAAUCUUUUAAAAUUCUUAAAAAAUUUUAAAUAGUAAGGCAUGUGCCCUAAAAACGGUCAAUGUCUGGUCUGGGUAAUAGAUAAGAGGCUAGCUAAACAAAAUUUUAAAUGCUAUCAGGACACUUUACUGUGUGUAUCGGAAAUCUAAAAGUCCACAGCCAAAUGCUAAAACCUUUAUAUGAUUACUAAGCAUAAUCUUUUGUGAGUGCCCUCUGUCACCCUAGGAUAAAUCAGUGAAGUAUUAUAUUAAAUGACAUUUUAGCUGACUCAGGGUGAAACCCUCCCCUUUCUUUAUGAAGAAGCUAUGGAAAUAUUUACUGUGAAGAGACCUCAGUGUUUGUAUAUAGUUACUUCACUCUUCAUCCAGUGCUUUGGGCAACUGACAAAGAAGAAAAUCCAUCUCCAAAGUGUUGGAGUGUCCAUCUGACACGUGAAUGUGUACAACAGCUGCUUGAAUGCUGGAACGAUGCAGAGCAGAGCCUAGGACAUUUUCUGUGUAAUUCAGGAUAAAAGUCUAUGUUUUUACAAGUAUACUUUUUGGGUCUGAUUGGUUGGCAGAGGUAAGUAGGUGGUCCUUAGAGCCUCCUGGAUCUGAGGCAAGGGACAGAAAACUACCGCCAUGGGAGCAGAUCUGGCCCACCGCCUGUUUUUGUAAGUAAAGUUUUAUUGGCACACAACCAUGUCAUACAUUUUUUAUGUGCUAUCUAUGGCUGGUUUGUGCUGCUACAGCAGAGCAGAGUAGCUAUGACAGAGUCCAUAUGUUCCCACAAAGUCAAACCUAUUUACUGCCUGGCUCUUCACAGAAAACAAAAGUGUGCUGAUCCUGUUUAAGCGAUUCUUUUUGGAAACGCCACAUUGUAUCAAACAUAUUAGGAUGUAUCCACACAGCCGGUGUUAAAAAGAGGUAUAUGGCCAUACAGGUUCGGACAGGUUGUAGGUAAGUUUGCUUUUGGUUGUGGGUAGCUCAUUUCAUUCAUUACUGUUUGUGGAAUCUGGGCAGUUGUGCGUAUUUGUGAAAUCUUACAUUAUGAGACUCUCUCCAACUAAUUGUUUUCAAAAGUAGUAAAAUUCUUAUGCAAAAGUCAUGAAUACCAAAUUUAACAGUUAAUGAGAACAAAGUGUUAUGUUUUGUAGAUAACUGGACAUUUACUAAUUUUAAUUUUGCUCUUUCCUUUGUGUAUUCUGAAGCCAAUAUACCGUGUUUCCCCGAAAAUAAGACCUAGCUGGAUAAUCAGCUCUAAUGUGUCUU